CAUCAGUCAGACACCAGAGGCGAUCCACAUCAAGAAGAACCACGAUGGAGCAUUACUUUGUAUUCCUUUUGCUGGUUGCAGGUGCUGCAUCAAACACUAUUGAGAAGAGGAUUCUUGGGAGUGAAUCGUGUGGCAAGAACCGGCAGUACCAUGUCCAGAUAGAGUCCGCUCAGGGCGGGAAGUCCUGUGGAGGUGCUCUCCUCAACACCCGCUGGGUCAUCACAGCUUCUCACUGUGCAGAGCAGACAGUCAAAGUGAAGCUUGGCGUAAACAACGAUGUGUCCAUUUUUACAAAAGCUGUCUCCUGGUUCAAAGGCAACUCCAACAAACACGAACAAACUAUUCUGGCCAAACAGCAGCACACCUUCAAAGAUGAAGGAGGAAAUGCUCAUGACAUUAUGCUCAUCCAGCUGAAUGAGGACAUGUCAGCCAAACUUCCUGCCAUCAGCCUCCCUUCAGGAGAAUGCACAAAGCUAGAGCCAAAAACAAAAGUGCAGAUUGGAGGAAUGGGAGCAAAGGCAAAAGGCAGUAAACCGGUUGGUGAGGUGAGAUGUGCCACCACAGAGAUCUCUGAGUGUGGAGAGAAUGAUAAACCUGACAGUAAAUACAGCAGCGGUGAAUCUACAAUCUGUGCCUUCAAACCUGGAGUGGAGUCCUGCUUUGGCGACGCAGGCUCAGCUGUGGAGUACAAAGGACAUCUACAAGGAAUUAUUGUUAGCCAGCCUGUGGAUACAUGUGCUAAGACCAUUGUAAUGCUGGACAUCUGUCAGUACAUGGAGUGGAUUGGUAAAACAAUGAAGGAGAACUGAUGAGUACGUUCCAGAUAUAUCUUAUUUAAUAAUUAAAAUAACUACCAUAUUUACCUAUUUAUUUGUGCUUAUUAGUCAAACUGUAGCCUAUCAUCUUAGUGUGUUUAUUUAGAUGUGCUUUACAACCACUCAUCUCCAUCAAUAAAAAGAUAGAACUAU